AUGGCGGACGACGUCGGCGCGCGCGUCGCCGCGGGCGCGGCGGCGGCGGCGGCGGAGGAGGAGGACGAAGAAGAACGCGCGGCGGCGGACGCGAGCGACGACGACGACGACGACGACCUCGCGGAGGAUAAGGACCCGGUCGUCGCGGCGGUGAAGCGCGCGGAGCGAGCGGCGCGGUGGGCGGGGCGUCGCGAGGGCUUCGAGGCGCUCGGCGGCGUCGGCGACAUCGCGGCGACGCUCCUCGAGCUCGUGGACUACCCUCUGAACCGGCCGGAGAUUUUCACGAGCUACGGGAUCACGCCGCCGCGCGGGGUGUUGCUCUGGGGCCCGCCCGGGACGGGGAAGACGCGCCUCGCGAGAGCCGCGGCGGAGGCGGCGAAGGCGAACCUGCUCGUCGUCAACGGCCCGGAGAUUAUAGGCGCGUACGUCGGGCAGUCCGAGGCGGCGCUGCGCGGCGUGUUCCAAGCCGCCGCGAAGCAGAAGCCGUGCGUGAUUCUCCUCGACGAGCUCGACGCGAUCGCGCCCGCGCGGAGCGACAGCGACGGAGGCGGCGCGAAGGGCGGCGGAAGCAGCGGCGGCGAGGACCAGAUGUCCGCGCGCGUCGUCUCCACGUUGCUGACCAUCAUGGACGGCGCGCAGUCGAAUUACGUCGACAUGGACAAGGUGAUCGUCAUCGCGACGUCGAAUCGACCGGAGGCGAUCGACCGCGCGCUGCGACGCCCCGGGCGGUUCGACCGAGAGAUCGAGGUCGGCGUACCGGCGCCGAAGCAGCGGCGGGAGAUUCUCGACGCGCACUUGAAAACGGUGAAGCACGAGUUGUCCGACGCCGCCGCGGAGGAGCUCUCGAAGAACACGCACGGGUUCGUCGGCGCGGACGUCGCGGCGCUCGUGCAGGCGGCGGCGAUGAACGCGCUCCGUCGGCGCCGCGCGAGUCUGGACGACGACGGCGUCCCCAUGCUCGCGCCGCUGCACAUCACGGACGCCGACUUUCUGGACGCGCGGACGAAGAUACGACCGUCCGCGAUGCGCGAGGUGCAGAUCGAGGUGCCGAACGUGGGAUGGGACGACGUCGGCGGUUUAGAAGAGGUUAAGCAGCGCAUCAAAGAAGCGGUGGAGUGGAGCGAGAAGUUUCCCGAGGCGAUGGCGCGCAUGGGCGCGGUGCCGCCGAAGGGCAUCCUGCUGUACGGCCCGCCCGGGUGCUCGAAGACGUUGCUCGCGAAGGCGGUCGCGUCUCAGAGCGGGCGGAAUUUUUUAACCGUCAAAGGCGGGGAGUUAUACAGCAAGUGGGUCGGCGACUCAGAAAAGGCGGUGCGGACGUUGUUCACCCGCGCGAAAACGAACGCGCCCUCGGUCAUCUUCCUCGACGAGCUCGACGGCCUCGUCGGUAAACGCGGCAUGGACGAUGGCACCGAAUCAGGCGGCGGCCCCUCGGUCAGCGACCGCGUGUUGACGAUGAUGCUCACGAUGAUGGACGGCGUCGGCUCCCUCGGCGACGGCGUCGCCGUCGUCGCGGCGACGAACCGCCCGGACCUCGUCGACCCGGCGUUACUUCGCCCGGGGCGCUUCGACCGUCUGAUUUACAUCCCACCUCCGGAUAAAGCGGAGGACCGCACGGCGAUACUCAGAGUUCUUCUCAAGAAGACGCCGUUGGACGACGACGUGGAUUUAGACGCGCUCGGGCUCGCGUGCGCGGGGUACACGGGUGCGGAUUUGACCGCCGUCGUUCGCGAGUCGGGGCUCGCGGCGUUGGAGGAGAGCCUCGAGGCGACGAAGGUCUCCGCGCGGCAUUUCACGGAAGGGUUCGGGCGCGUGCCGCCGUCGCCGCCGCCGAGCGAGGAGAUGCGGGCGAUGUACGAGAGUUUUAAGAGGGGCGGCGGCGGGCCGCCGUCGAAGUCGGCUUCGGGAGGUCCGUGAGUUUGUUCUUCGAAGAAACGAGUGAUCUGAAUGCGAAAA